AUGAUCACUGCUAGUGAUUUACGUGAAACACUUGACGAAUCCUCGAUAUUUCGCUACCAAAACAACCCACUCGGUAUCUUGGGUAAAAGCAACAGACCACUGACUGAUGAUAAAUAUCAAGUAGAAUAUUUAUAUAACUUGAAUAAAUUAGGUAAAGCUCCUUCAGAAGUGAAGGCUUUGGAUAAAACUUUUGCUGAAAGAACUAUAACCGAAUUUUAUGUUGCUCAACCUAUGAGGAGCUAUUACUCAAAUAGGGAUAACAGCGCAAUGGCGCCAUAUAAUUCCCAAGAUCGUCUUGUAACGAAGUAUCCUGAGCUAACGUUACCAUCAUCAUCAAUGUGGAUUAAGGUUAUAUCAGCUCUUGGAGCAGCUUUUGUGAUGGUCAGCUUUGUGAUGGUCAAAAUCGAUAUCAUGCAAAAACCUAACAGCAACACUGGUCUAGCAUUAAAUGAAGUAAAUACCACUGUGGAUGCAGAUGCAGGACAUCAUAUUAUACAUAUCCAAAAUCCUGACAUUUCCCAAUACUCUGCUGAAAAAAAAGCUAUUUGUCAAUCACCAUCAAUAUAUGGUGUCUUUCGUACGCUCCGGUUUUUUAUAGUUGUUGUUCUAGUUUUAUUGAAUUUGGCAUCUCAAUUUGGAUGGUCGAUUGGUUUACCGAAUGGUCUUGAUAUUAAAGUUCUGUCUGACGCUGCAAUAUUAUGCUAUGUUAAUGAUAUUAAUAUAACUCCUACAACUAGUACACCAGAACUACCCGCUAUCACAAGUUAUCCAGAAGCGUUAAAACUUUCAGCAUAUGAUUUAUUUUUUCUUAUGAUUAUCACGUACAGAUCAAAGCAUCCGUUAGUCAAUAUGGGAUCAAUAUUAUCAACAGAACAGAAUCCGACUUACGUGACUAGUACUAAGAAAACUAUUGUUUCUUCUGUCUCUUCCCCUCGCCAAUACAACUCCGGACGAACAACAUCUUCAGUAAGCACUGGAGUAAAGGCUAGAGAAAUCACUUUAUCUUCCUACUACCAGUACAACACGGGACAAACAACAUCUUCAACAAACACUGGAGUAAAGUAUAAAACAGGACAAACAACAUCUUCAGUAAACGCUGGAGCAAGGAAUACCUCGUGGAAAGCAAAUACAGCAGGUUUUAACAAGAAAAACCAACUAAUUGUCGAUAUCGUCAAGUGCUUAGUUAAGAACGAUAAAUACAUAGUAUAUGGUAAUUGGUUAUGUCAAGAAGUAAUAUCAGACGAUGAAAUAUAUCAACAGUCUUGUGAAAAUAUUUGGCAAGAAAAAUAUACUCAAGAAUCACUCAAGCAGUUUUUAAAGAUGACGUCAGCAGGAGUACAGUACAAUUUUUUCAAGAAAAAGUGCAAUGAAUGCAAUGUAGUGUGCGAUAUCACGAGCUUCCGCAUGUACACAUCGCAACUACAAAAAAAUUUAGAUGAAACGCCCAUCGUUGAGGUUAUCUGUCACCUAGUAUGGAAAGAGAAGCAUAGGGUGUUUGGCUAUUGGAAAUGCUUGAAUUGUCGUAAGAAAUGGGUAAGCGCUUAUACUUGGUUAUCACUACAAAAGUUUAUAGACAAAACACCAGGAAAUAAAUUGUUGGAGGGAGAUUUUUGCGUGCAAGAGUGCAAGAAAUGCAAGGGAAACGAGAAUAAAAAUGUCAUGAUCUGGAAAUACGAACCUCUGAUAUUAUCAGAGACUGGUAAACCUCAUAAGAGGGAUUUAUGUGCAAAGUGUCAGGAUGGUGAAUAUUGUACUCGAACUGGCACUUAUUACGGUCAUCGGCAGAAAAAUGAUUAUGAAUAA